UUAAUCGACGCGCUUCCGUACGCGGACGUCCUCCCCCCCGACUGGCGCCCGCUCGCGGAUCGCAUGGUCCAGGAGGAGAUGCGUCGAAUGACGAAGCGCCCGAAGGAUUACCUGGCCGAGAUGAAGCCCGCGUACGAGAUGACGUAUAAGGACUGCCCGAUGAUUAAAAAAGAGAUGGAGAGGGUGGAGAAAGGGAUCAUGAAGAUGCCUCCGCCGGACUCGACGCGGUACUCGCUCCCGCCGCCGCCGAAGAGCAAGAGGGACGACCCGGAGGCGUGGGAGGCUGCGGUCAAGAACGCGAAGGCGCAGCUCGAGCAUCAGACGUUGCGGAUACAGAACCUGGAGCUCAUGCUGAAGUACGGGCCGAACCAGUGGAGGGCGUACAACGCGAGCCUGGAGGCGGCGAUCAAGAGGUGCGCGCGCGCGGCGUCUGAUCAAAAGGCGGCGACCGCGGAGCUCAACGCGCGACGAAAACUGAGACAGACCGCGGUCGGGGAGAAGCUCCAGAAGCUCGAGCGCGAGUUUUACGAGGGGUGCCGAAAGAACGCCGAGCUCGACUUCGCCAUCAAGAAGCUCGAGGCGGAG